AUGGCCUCGGCGGCGGCGGCGCUGGCCCGGGGGGCCGGGGCGAGGGCGGCGGCGGCGCUGCUGGGCGGCUGCGGGGGUGCGGCCCGGGCGCGGCCCUUGUGUGCGGCUCCCGGCGCGGCCCCGGGCCUGAAGGGCUACCUGUGGGAGCGCUACCGGGAGGCGAAGCGGGGCACGGACGACUUGGUUCCUUCGAUUAUGAACAACUUGUUGAAUCCAGAUGCCAUUUUCUCCAACAAUGAGAUGAGCCUGUCGGACAUCGAAAUCUAUGGCUUCGAUUAUGACUAUACCCUGGUGUUCUACUCCAAGCACCUUCACACGCUGAUAUUCAAUGCCGCGCGGGACCUUCUCAUCAAUGAGCACCGGUAUCCGGUGGAAAUCAGGAAGUACGAGUAUGACCCGAAUUUUGCGAUUCGUGGACUUCAUUACGAUGUGCAGCGGGCGGUGCUGAUGAAGAUUGAUGCUUUUCAUUACAUCCAGUUGGGAACCGUCUACAGGGGCCUCAGUGUUGUCCCCGAUGAGGAAGUCAUUGAAAUGUAUGAGGGCUCUCACGUGCCCCUGGAACAGAUGAGCGACUUUUAUGGAAAGAGUUCUCACGGAAACACCAUGAAGCAGUUCAUGGACAUCUUCUCCCUGCCCGAGAUGUCCCUCCUGUCCUGUGUCAACGAGUACUUUCUGAAGAAUAACAUCGACUAUGAGCCCGUCCAUCUCUACAAGGACGUCAAGGAUUCGAUCCGAGAUGUGCACAUCAAAGGGAUCAUGUACAGAGCGAUCGAAGCAGACAUUGAAAAGUACAUCUGCUAUGCCGAGCAGACGCGCGCGGUGCUGGCCAAACUGGCGGAUCACGGCAAGAAGAUGUUUCUCAUCACCAACAGCCCCAGCAGUUUUGUGGACAAAGGGAUGCGAUAUAUCGUUGGAAAAGACUGGAGGGACCUGUUUGAUGUGGUCAUCGUUCAGGCCGAGAAGCCAAACUUCUUUAAUGACAAGCGGAGACCUUUCCGCAAGGUGAACGAGAAAGGUGUCUUGCUCUGGGACAAGAUCCACAAGUUGCAGAAAGGCCAGAUCUAUAAGCAGGGCAAUUUAUAUGAAUUUUUGAAGCUUACUGGGUGGAGAGGAUCCAAAGUGCUGUAUUUUGGUGACCACAUAUACAGUGACCUGGCGGAUUUGACCCUGAAGCAUGGUUGGCGAACUGGUGCGAUUAUCCCGGAGCUGAGAUCCGAGCUCAGAAUCAUGAACACGGAGCAGUACAUUCAAACCAUGACCUGGCUGCAGACCCUGACCGGGUUAUUGGAACAGAUGCAGGUUCACAGAGAUGCCGAGUCACAGCUGGUUUUACAGGAGUGGAAGAAGGAAAGAAAGGAGAUGAGGGACAUGACCAAGAAUUUCUUCAACGCCCAGUUCGGAAGCUUGUUCCGCACGGACCAGAACCCGACGUACUUCCUGAGGCGCCUGUCGCGGUUCGCCGACAUCUACAUGGCGUCCCUGAGCUGCCUGCUCAGCUACGACGUCAGCCACACGUUCUACCCGCGCAGGACUCCGCUGCAGCACGAGCUGCCCGCCUGGUCCGACGGCGCCCGCGCCCCCGCCCCCGCCCCCGCCCCGCGCCCGCGCCCGCGCGCCCCUGCGGGAGGCCCGCGGCGAGCCGGCGGUCGCCAGUUCCGCCUUGGCACUGGUCGCCGGGCGCUCGGCCGCUUCGCGCGGAAGCCCUGCGGUCAGCCGCGGAACCGCUCCAGACCCUUCCGUGGAAAACGGCUGACGGUGCACAGGCAGGUCUUCGGCGGCUGCGGCCUGCAGGGAGCUCCGACAUCAGCCAGCUCCGAUGGGGCUCCCAGGGCGGGAGGCGGCGGGGGCGGGCGCCGCAGCGCAGCCGCCGGGCCUCCUGGCACCUCACCUGCUGGGACACCCGGCCUCCCCGGGGAGUCUUCUGUGAAGGAGCCAGACGAGCUGCGAGUCCUUGAGCCUUGGCGGCCCUCGGGGUCAGCUCCCCGGCCGUCCCGCCUGCCGCGGUACCCGUGCCCCCCGGGCCCUCCCGCCCGCUGGGACACCUGUGCUGCUGCCUGUGUGGACUGGCCGCCCCUUCCCCGGGCAGGGAGGCGAGCAGAGCAGAGCAGAGAAGGCCGCAGGACCGUCGGCGCGUCCAUCCCAAGUGCCCCCAUCCUGGUCCUGGGCGCACACCCUGCACUGUCUGGCGGCUUCCGGGACUCACCUUGCUCCCGCGCCUCUGCUCUGGCCCCGCAGUUUAGCAGAGCGACAGGUUGCGCCCUGUGGCAUCAGGCCGAUCGUGCAGGGUGGGAUGAGAGUUCCCUGGAGGGAAGUACCACCAUGGGCUUGUCCCUUUGUGAGAUUGGGGCCGUUUCUACUUUCUGGCUGUUAGGAAUCCUGCUGCUAUGA